CGUUCCACAGAAAGCAGGAAGACAGGUGAAAUGCCCCCCCCCCCCCUGUCUGCCUACAGGUACAGAUCAGGGCUGCGUGUCCUUACAUGGUGGGAGGAGGUAUGUUCACAGUGGAGCUUCCCUUAAGAGACGACAGCUUUCACAUGAGCCCCGAGCCGCUGACAGUCCCACACAGUGUGCAUCACCUCUGUGAUAACCACCGACACGGAUCUGAGACCACAUCACUGACCAUGACUGACACCAGUCUCCCCACCAUGGAAACACACACACACAAACAAGGGCUCAACAACGGCCAGUUGAUUUAUGUGCCUCACAAGGACACGAUCCGCCUGCUGGAGGUUUUCGUCAAGCGCAGCCUCAGCGUCAACGAUGGGUCCCUGUCGAAGAAAGGGAAGGAGAGGAAAGAAAAGUGGGUGACCAAAAAAGACAGACGACACUCCAGCGACCCGUCCCUUCACCUGGCCGGUGAAUCCAGUGAGAUCGGGACCUUUAUUGCAAUCCAACCCUACACCGAUCCGCCUGAAACGUUUGCCAAGGAACCAAAGAAACUGAAGAAAAGGUCAUGGAAGAACAGGAAACCCUCGUUUUGGAAAAGCAUGGUGGGCUUUUUCUCUGGGAAGAGCAGCGAGGAGAGAGAUGAGGAGCAGGAGAGCGCCACAGAGCCGUCCAGGGACUCCACGCUGGAGCUGGCCUCCGAGGCCGCGAUCACCUGCCUGCCCACAACUCCAGCAGCUUCACUGAAGAAGUCCUCAAGGAAAAAGUCCAUGAAGAGAAGGUUCUCGAAGAGGCGCAUCUCUCUUAUAAAACCAAACAGGCCCGGGAAAGAUCUCAUCGCUGCUGACAUCAGUGACUUUGGAGCUGUAACGAGGGUGGAGCCGACGGAGGCGUACUACGAGAAGGUGUCGGAGGAACUGGAAAAGAUCGUCCUGGAGGUCAAAGAUAAGGAGGAAGAUCGGGCUCUGUCAGAUGAGGUAUUGAUCAACAGGAUCAUUGCUUUGACAAAGGAGGAGGGGGACGCCAUGGACAUCAAGAUGAAGGAUAACCCCACCCUGAACAGCUUCUUCCAGGGGAUGUCCUAUAAUGCCUUCCAGAAACUGGCCGACGCUUAUCUGGAGAAGGAGGCGACGCCCACCCACAAUCCUCCCACCGUGCUGCCCACAGCGCCCGAGCUGGUCAACCUGGCCUUCACGCUCGACUUCACGGCCAUGGUGGCCAAGCUCUCCAGACAGAACGCAAGUCACAUUACAGGACUGGGGAACCGCUACCUACAGGACAGAUUCGAAUACAACCAGGCGUGUACAGAUCACCCAUGGUCCGACAGUGACGACUGAAACUCAGCUACACAACCACACUUCAGCUUUUUUCUCAGCUCGGCCCAUGUGGCCCAAGGACGUGUUGCAAGCCUCACUUCCCUUUACAAACUUUUUGAAGAACAGAAGAGCCGCUUGGCAAAACAUUUAAAUCCACGUUCAAGCUACUUUCCGUUUUCAAACUGAAACUGUCUUUACGUGACAACCCUUACGCAACAGGUUGUCGAGCGGCUUCGGAACAUUUCAGCCUGUGUGUUUUUCCAAGGGGAGUAGAAGCGCUGACUCAAGGUUUCUUCACCUGUCGGCUCUGUCCCAGAACACGCUGCAGAGUUUCCCAAUCGAGGAUCCACCCGGUUCUUCUGUGACAACACUAAAGAUGUGAUGCUCAAAUCAAACUUUCAAUAACAAUACGUUUCUGUACAUUGAUUUCGUGAUCAUCCAAAUGAGCGCUGUGAAAACUGUUCAUGUAUAUAAGCUCCACCCGUCUGUGCAAUAUGUUUCUACAUUUCUAGGAUUUAGGUAAAGUGUGUUUAAUAGAAGCUCAACUACAAUGUGAAAUAUCUGUGAAUGUUUGUUGAGUGCUGGCAUUCAAAUCAACACAUGUGCAAAUUAAACAAUAUCUUUUAUAGUAA